UCCAACCAAACAAUUAGAAUUUCCUAUUUCAGAUCCCCGUUCCCCCAACCAAACGGUCUCUCAAAAUAGUGAGAUUAAUUUAAUGGGUCAGACUGUCGGAGGUUGGCAGGACACAGGGUCGGAAUGGGCCAAUAGGGUGGAAAUUGGGCAGGGUGGACGCGAGUCGCGAGGCCCACCGGCUAUACCACGUAGCGCCUGCAGAUUCGCGGAUUGGAUCCCGCGACUCCAGUCAUUGAAGUGCAUCUGCAACCCCUUCUCCAGUAAUUCAAAGAAUUCUGCUUGGGUCGUCGUCUCUACUUGCCAGUCGCCACUUUCCGUCCAAGAACCAAGUUCAUCCAGGUAAGACAAUAACUUUAGCAGAUGGAAGAAAACACCAAACCAGAUAAUGAGCUGAUGCUUGAGGCAACCAUGACCCCAAUUCUACAGAUUGAUCCACAAAGAGCCCGUUUUCCAUUCUGCAUUGUUUGGACACCACUUCCUUUAAUUUCAUGGUUCAUACCUUUCAUUGGCCACAUAGGCAUAUGCAGAGAGGAUGGUGUCAUCUUGGACUUUGCAGGACCGAAUUUUGUAUGUGUUGACCACUUUGCAUUUGGAGCAGUAGCUCGGUAUUUACAGAUAAAUAAAGAUAAGUGCUGCAUUUCUGCUUGUUGGGAUGAAUAUGAAAGGAAGGAUGGAUAUGAGCAUAGUGAACCUGUAAGACAGAGGAUGACCUGGGAUGAUGCGUUACGGAAGAGCACACAGGAAUUCCAGCAUAGAUCGUACAACCUCUUUAUAUGCAACUGCCAUUCCUUCGUUGCAAAUAACCUCAACAGGUUGGGUUAUGGUGGCACCAACUGCUGGAAUGUUGUGAACUUAGCAGCUCUUAUUUUCAUCAAGGGCCAUUGGGUGAACAAAGCAGCCAUUGUUAAAUCUUAUUUACCAUUUGUUAUAGUACUUACCUUAGGGCUUAUGUUGGGUGGCUGGACCUUCCUAACUGGCCUGGCUUUCUUCACCAUCUUGCUUGUUGGUUGGUUUCUUCUUGGUACAUACUGCUUCAAGAGUCUCAUCCAAUUGUAGUUUGUCCUGCUAUUAGUAAAUUGUUGAUAAAGUUGUAUGGUUAGCAGCAUGAACAUUGUGAGAAACUGACAUCAUGUUGAUUAUUUAACACACACUCUCUCUCUCUCUCUCAUGUUGUUAUUGUAACCAAUCCAAUUGUUGGGAAACCACUUGAAUGAAAUGAUAUCUUGUAGUUUUUCAUUACAA